GAUAGCAAAGAGAGAGUGCGAGAGGAGGAAGGCAGGAAUACAGAGACGCGGAGUAGGAGGGGGGGACGGGGGAGGCAGAGAGGGAAAGAGAGGGAGGGAAGCAGGGAGGAAGGAACAGAAAGUUUAUGUACAUAAACCUUUUUUUUUUUUUAAGCAUUGUUGCACCUAGUAGCUAGCUUUGCUGACUCAGAAAUGAGAGGUCUGGUCAGUGCUUAAAUAUCCGAGAAACAAUGGGAUAGUGCAGGAAAGUUAACAAUUAACAGUCUCAGCUUAAAUUUUGUAACUGCAGGGAACUGGAAAAACAGCUGCCUCUCUCUUCAGCAAAAUCAGGUCUCCUGGUUAAGAGAAGAAUUUUUGUUAACAUCAAAUUUCUGAAAAAUAAGCAGCUUGCAGUUGAGUGAAUAUCCUGCAGUUAUGGUUUUAACCAGCCUGCUCAUACUUAACUAUCUCUGCUUACUUUAAAUAGAGCAGCUGUGAAAGGGGUAAUGAGGCUUUUGAAAUGCCUUUUGCUUUACUCUUUUAAAUGAGGGUACAGAGCAAUAAAGAGCUGAAGGUAUCCGGCUGAGGAGAAGCAGCGAGGAAGAUGGGUCUGCUAAGUGUGGAUUUGUUGAUCACGCUUCAGAUCUUGCCGGUCUUUUUCUCCAAUUGCCUCUUUCUCGCGCUCUAUGACUCUGUGAUUCUCCUGAAGCACAUGGUUCUGUUUCUGAGCCGCUCCAAGUCUGGGCGCGGUGAGUGGCGGAGGAUGCUGACCUCGGAGGGGCUGCGCUGCGUCUGGAACAGCUUCCUCCUGGACGCCUACAAGCAGGUCAAACUGGGAGGAGAAGCCCCCAACUCCAGUGUAAUCCACAUAGCCAAGGGCAGUGAUGACAGCAGUGGCAGCUGGAAGAACGUUGGUGGCAAGUGUGGAACCAAAUGCCACCUUCUGGAUUUUGCCAACUCAGAGCGUCCACUGGUGGUCAACUUUGGCUCAGCUACCUGACCACCGUUCACAAGCCAGCUGUCAGCCUUCAGCAAGCUGGUGGAGGAGUUCUCUGGUGUGGCUGACUUUCUGUUGGUCUACAUCGAUGAAGCUCACCCAUCAGAUGGCUGGGCUGCACCUGGAAUCUCUCCCUCUUCGUUCGAAGUUAAGAAACACAAAAGCCAGGAAGAGAGAUGUGCAGCUGCUCACCAGCUCCUAGAGCACUUUUCUUUGCCACCUCAGUGCCAAGUUGUGGCUGACUGCAUGGACAACAAUGCCAAUGUGGCCUACGGGGUUUCAUUUGAGCGAGUAUAUUUUGGGGACGGGAGAACUUAUGCACAAUUUUACCUCAUUGAAAUGGAAACCUAUCCUGUCAUUUACCCUGUUAAAUGUAGUCAUGCUAACUUUUACUGUCUUAGAUACCUGAACAUUGUUUAUAUCUAUGUUAAUCUGAAAGUUGAUUGCAGUCUUAGAAUUGAUUUGCUGCAGUUCUGCUACAGAACUGAUAAGCUGAUAGUCUGUUUUGCUCAUGUUCUUGAAAACCUUCCCCGAAGAGAAACAGGGAGGACAAAUAGUUUGAAUUAAUGUAAGUGUAAAAGAUGACAGAAUUUUCAUAUGAACGAGUAUGAGGAAUGGAUUGUUAUGUUGAAAGAGAUACUGUGAACUUAGAGUACACAAUAAGUUUAGGUAUUUCUAAAACUAAAAUUAUUUAAUCAAGCCUGAUGAAGAGGCAGAUUUACAAUGAGCUAACCUAUUAGAGCUGAUAAAUGAAAACCCAUAUGGAUGGAGAUGGACUAUCCAAGUUUUCUCUCAUCUUUGGCAGAAACAUGAAACAGAUAAACAGAAUAAGUGGCAAAAAUCAAAUUAGUUCUUAAUUUCUCAUCCUGUGCAUCAUCAGGAAUAUGAUGUGUUGAUGCCGACAUAGGAAAGAAUGAAAAUAUGUCAGUGUUUUAAUUUUCACAAUGCCCAUUAAUAUUGUGUAUUUCCUCUAGCUUGGCUGUUGGUCAACUUAGCCAAUGUAGGAGGAAUUCGGAAAUGUGUUUUCAAGCACAGAUCUGAAAUAAUGACAGUAACAUGGGUAAUUUCUCCCGUACUCAGGUUCAUGCUUCCUAUUCUUCUCACAUUUUCCUCCACACACUGUUAAACACAGACACACAUGCUCUUACACAUUUGGUAAUGUGCAUUGGAGAAAGGUGUAAAGAGUAGUUGUCAGAUCUCCUAGUGAGCCCCACUUCUCAGUAGACCUGUGUCUCUGUGUGCGUGUAUUUAUAUAUGCAGCCACAUGUAUAUAAUACAUUUUUACGUAUGUGUAUAUACAUGUGUGCACAUAUAAAUGAUGCCUAAGACCACUAAUAAUCAUUAUCCUGUCCUACCGUUCAUUAAUGUUACUGUAAAUCAUUGCUCAAUGCGGAAGAUUGCUACAGAUCUUCAUGACUAACUGGGAUAUAUAACAGAAUUUUUAUAACAUAUUAUCAUAGAAACAGUAACAUAGCCAAACUGCAUGGUUUAUUUAAUCCAGUAUCCUACCUCUGACUGUAUCAGAUGCUUCAGGGGAAGGUGCAAUAAUUUUUAACUUAGAGAAUUUUUAUUAGCUUCAGCCCAUAUUGUUUUUGCCUUUCCUGAAGUGAUUGUUGAUGUCUCAUCAUCCCUCAUGAGAGGCUGAUUCUGGGUAUUGAGAUUUAAAUAUUUUGUGAGGUGGGGAUUACUAAAAUAAAAACCCAUCCCUUUUAAGCUCAAAGAAAACCAAAUGAAAACAGAUUUUUUUCUUUCAUAUUUAAAUAGGCUGCUUUUCAAUGUCAUUCUCAUCUCUGGCUGUUAUAGGCUAAACCACUAAACAUAAGCGAUCCAAAUUUUUCUUCUGUAUGUCGGUCAUUAUAUAAUCUAUAUAGAAAUUUGCAUACUUUUGUUUGUUUAAGACAAACAAUAACUCAUAUUCUUAUACAGAUUCGUACUCUUUCCUUAUCUCUGAAUCUCUUCUGGUUUUGCUACACUAUCCUUUUACUCAGGCGAGUCAAGUUGUAGAAUUUAAUCCAACUGAAAACCUGUAUUGAUAUACCCAGAACAGCAUCUCUUUUCCUUAUUAUAUCCUAUUCUUUAGUCAUCUGAAAAUUUUUUAAUCCACAGCAACUCCAUAGCCUUUGUAAAACUUAAACUAGUGAGUCUUUUCUUCUUUUCCUCAUUAUACUGUUGAAGUCUGAACUGUUUAUAUGGGAAAUAUUAGCCAAAUAUUUAACACAGCUGUUGAAACAUACCUUUAGUUCAGAGGAAAGAGCUGGAAUUAGUAAUUCAGUUUGUUAAUACCCAUUUGCAUAUCUAAAGUUACAAUCCUUUUUCAAGUCCAUUCUCUCCUUUUGAAUUGCCAUUAUUUUGUUUAGUAAUUCACAGAUGCCUCUUCAUCACAUAGUAUACAGGAAUUAUAAAAUUGGCUCCUGUAAAUGGGAAAAACACAUUGAUUUUCCACAAAUAAAAAUACACAAUAACUUCAUUUUUUCUUGACAACAUGUAUGAGUGUUCUGCCUAAAAUUGAAAGAUAUUCCAGCCUCACUGAUUAUCAAGAGAGAAAUAUAUUUUGCGAAAUCUUGGGUUUCCCCAGAAAGCUUCUGGUCAGAAAAGAAAGCAGGGCUUUCUUCAAAGUGAAAUGAUCAUAAAGAAAAAAAAAAAAAAAGUAUUAUUUUCUAGGAGGCUGACAGAAACAUCAUGUCUUUUUUUUUUUUUUUUUUUUUUUUUAAAAAAUUAAAACAUUUUAUUGAAAAGGUUUUAAAUGAAAUGGCAUCCUCAGUUGAUAAUAAAAGCGGCCAUAUGUCACAUACCCAAAAUUAUUGUAACAGUUGUUUUGGGUCCAGGUAGAGAUUUUUCUACUUUGCUAGCCUUGUCUAGUCUGCUGUGAGACUGGAUUUGCUUCUGUCUCAUUCUCACUGGGUCAGGGCACUAUACCAUAUUACUUGAGAUGCUCCAGUGAGACUUACAUGUUGAGCAACAGCUCUCAAAAUAGGUGCCUGAAAGCAUUCUGGAAGGCUACUGUAUAUAAUAGAGACCUCAAUAUUAUGUCUCAACAUUAAUAUGGGAAAAUUCCAGUAUUUCUUAUUUUGAGCAACAUAAAGCUAUUCUGGGCUAUCAUUCUACAUUGUUCUGUGCUUAGCAUCUGUAUUUAGCACUGUAUAAAAGGAAUGUAAAACAUUUUGUGCAGAUGAGAAGCUAUAGCAUUUUGCUCUUUCCUUGUGUAGACAAUGACAUAAAUUUAAGGCAGCAGGAAAACAUGCCCCAUCUAUUAAAAAUAAGAAAAUAUAUAUGAAAUAUGUUGCUGAACAUCUGUCUGAACACUCUGAAAAACAAAAUGCAGUGAUUUUUAGGAAGGUGAUCUUGGUGGGGAAGCGUACAACACUUCUCAAAAAGGUAUUUGUGCUAUGCAUCCAGGUGUGUGCAGAGGGAAGUUUUGUUUCUGCAUGUGUAAAAGUGGCUUUUCUGUGAUGUGGAGUAUAGAUUUAAGUGUUUUUAAGACUUUCAUUCAGUACUAUAACCAAAGCAAUAAGAGGAGUCAGGUAGGGAAUAUUGGCCAGUUUUGUACAACUUGACACCAUGUCUGUGACAAAUCCAUAAUCAGUUGGGCUCACCUUGGAUUCUUCAGUGAAGAGGGAUUGGGGUGAGACAGGGAGGCUUGUGUGCUUAUGAAGAUAGCUAACAAAAGAGUGAUUAACUCAGUUAGCUUUCAGAUGCCUUCACACCAGCAUUCCUCUGUGCACCUUAGUGUGGCUGUAUUUGAAAGAGGAGUCUCUUUGGGUCUGUCAAUAAGUUGGCCGUGGUGUAGGUGCCUGUGUGUACUAUGUGUGUGUCAUUGUUUAAAUGUCAAAAAUACACUGCAGGAGAGCCAGCAAAAUUUUGUUACAAUAUGGUGCUCCAUGAA